GUGACGUCCCGUUGGUGACGAACCAGGAAAUAAAAGUAAACAACGUACAGGAAGAACGAAAAUGUUAUGUAGCGUUAGUCGUCGACUUUUGUUUCUCUGCGGAGAUUUAUUGCGAACGCAUGAAGGAUUUAUAUGCCGAUAAGGACAGAGAGCCGGUUAGAGACAGGCUGGAGACCGGAUGAAAUGCCCUCACGACCAUGGCUUAAAAACAUCGCCUUGACGUUAGAUUUAGCAAUGUUAGCCAUCAGGUCGUCCGAGGAGGAGUCCACUGAGACUGAGGAGAUGGACACCUCAGAGCCCAACUGGUGCUGGUUCUACCUGGCUGAGUGUGGAGUGUGGCACAUGUUUGAGAUUGAUCCCAGUGCAGCCUGCUCUGUGACGAGUGCUCAGAUCGAGCAGUGCUACAACAGAAACCAGCGAGGUGUCAUGGAAUUCUACACGGCCAAGUACACCUACAGACUGGACUUCUCAGUCAUGCGGCAGAUAAACGUAACGACAGGGAAGCAGCGGCCAAUCAAACGCUCCCUCCACUCCGCAACUGGCUUCAGGUUUAUAUGUGAUAAUCUCGCCUUGCCUGUUCCCUGUCACUGGGAGAGAAUCAAUACAGAUGAGCCCUAUCAGCUCAUCCAGCUUGGAAGAGACACCUAUGAGUUUAAAGAAGUUGCGAGGCUGUACGAAAGGACAAUGGAUCAUCCGAUCAAAUCCAUCCAGAGGAUUCAGAACUUGGACUUGUGGGAAUUCUUUUGCAGAAAACACAGUUGCGAAAAGUCAAGCGCACAUUGGAUAUUGAGGAGAGAAUGCUGUUUCAUGGCACAGGACACAGCAACAUACAAGCUAUAUGUACAUUUAACUUUGACUGGCGGCUCACAGGAAGCCAUGGCGAUGUCUAUGGCAAAGGGAGCUACUUCGCCCGGGAUGCCAAGUACUCGAGUAAGUUCUGUCACACCACAGGGAAGCACAACACCACCCUGCAGAGACACGGACUCGCCCCGCCGAUAUUUGCCAGCGAGCCGCCCUACAAGACCAUGUUCCUGGCCAGAGUGCUCGUUGGAGAAUACACAGUCGGCCAUCCGAUGUACUGCAGACCGCCUUCGAAGGACGCCAGCUUCACUAACUUUUACGACAGCUGUGUGGACGAUAUGGCCAAUCCAAAGAUUUAUGUCAUUUUUGACAGCAAUCAGAUUUACCCAGAGUAUCUGAUUGAGUUCUACUGAAGCCAGAGAUGAGAAAAUAUGUACUUUUUCCUCUCUCUCUCUCUCAAACAUGGAAAUAAUGUGGAUGCAGAAACAGAUGACAAGAGGAUGCAGUGGAAAUCUUCUUUUUCGGUCAGAUCUGGUGCCUAACUGGAGCAUGAGUCAUCUAAAGUGCCUUUGGGGGAAAUGGAAAAAGACAGUCAAGGCUUUGUGUACAGUCUCUAUGCUGUGCAGUGUAUACUAAGAGGCCCUUAUGGUUUGAACGUUUCUGUGAUGUAAAAAAAGAAAAAAGAUGCUGAUGAGAGAUCAGCAUCUGUGGCAAUUUUGUAUUAAAUGCAGAAUCUGUGCUUGCUCAUUCAG